AGACCUCAUCCAGCGCUUCGCGGACGCGUCCGCGGACUUCGCGGAGAAGCUGGAGGUCGCGCCGCCCAGGAAACGCGGAAGUCCAAGCACAAGCACCAGCUCGCCGUUCAGAAAGCGCUCCGUGGUCGGGGCGCUGGUGGCGGCGUCGCUGGGGCUGGUCACCACCCUGGCCGUCCUCGCCGCGGCGCUGCGGUCCGCCUCGAGGGCCCGCGCCGAGCGGGGGACCAGGCUGCCCAAGGACGAGUGCCUGGUCCAGACCGCGGAGGAGGUGUCGCUGAUCAGCUGCGGCCCGGACCCGCGCCAGUGAACCUCGGCGGCCGCCGCGGGCGGCCGUUUGCAGGGCAUUGGCGCCGUUGCUCCUCUGGAGUGUGUAGGCGGAGGAGGAUG